CUGAAAUCGCGCGCCGACGACAGAAGCGUUCGCCUCGCGCCGCUGAGCGCGCGCAGAUUAACGUACAGAAAACUGAUUUAUAACGUCCCGUUGAAAAAAUAAUAAGCUGAUAGGAGAUGUGAUGGAGGGCCAGGAGUGGCGCGACGAUUGGCACCAGCCACGCCAGAUGGACGGCGUGGUGUCAGGACAGUUUCCGCGCGGCGGGUUCCACUUGCACUCGCUGGCGGAGAGAGUGAGCCGGGACCAGGACCAGCUGCCUGUGCUGCCACCACUGCACAAUGCUGCACGAGACAGUGCAGUGUGCUCUCGAAGCACGUACUCGCCGCUGCAGGCGCUUAGUGAGAGCACGUGCCGCGACCACGGCGCGCAGUCCGCGCCGCCGCCGCCGCAGCCGCCGCCGAGGAUGCAGGUCUCCAACCAAAACGUGACGCUACACCCAGCGGUGGCGCGUUGCAGUGCUACCCUGGAGCUGGCCACGCUGUGGAGGAACUUCCACGACCUCGGCACGGAGAUGAUCGUCACCAAGGCGGGGCGGAGGAUGUUCCCCGCGCUGCAGGCGAGGCUGGCUGGCCUGCUGCCCAGUGCUGACUACUUAUUACUGGUGGAUUUCGUGCCGCUCGAUGAUAAGAGAUACAGAUAUGCUUUUCAUAAUUCGAGUUGGGUGGUCGCGGGCAAGUCGGACCCGGUGUCGCCGCCGCGCAUCCACGUGCACCCGGACUCCCCCGCCGUGGGCGCGCACUGGAUGCGCCAGCUGGUCUCCUUCGACAAGCUCAAGCUCACCAACAACCAGCUCGACGACAACGGACACAUAAUCCUGAACUCCAUGCACCGCUACCAGCCACGGUUACACGUGGUGUAUCUCCCCGGAGAGGGUCAGAGCACCGCCCCGGGGACUGUCCCGUACCGGACGUUCAUCUUUCCUGAGACCGGGUUCACUGCUGUUACAGCUUACCAGAAUCACAGGAUAACACAAUUGAAAAUAGCCAGUAACCCAUUCGCUAAAGGCUUCAGAGAUUGCGAUACCGACGAUUGUCCCCCUGAACAAAGCUCUCAGCGUGGUACUCCGCGGCGUCGCGAGCCUGCACCAGUGGAGCCCUAUCCCUUAGCGCAGCCCUACGCGGGAGAUCCCAGCGCUAGCGGUCCGCUGUACGCCGCGCAUGCGCAUACAGUACGAUACCAACCACACACCGGACACAACAGCGCGUACACUGCCUAUUACGCGCACAGAUAAUACCAUGAAGUGGAGACACAGUAGUAUAAUGUGAUAUCGUAGAUUGUAAACAUAACUACCGAAAAACAGCCUUAGUGUAGGUUCACAAAUAUUAAUUCACUAGCUGACGCUUCGCGGUCAUAACCGCAUAGUUCCCGUUAUAGAGAGAUUCAUCAUCAUCAUCAUCAUAUCACGUCCACUGCAGGACAUAGGCUUUUUGUAGAGACUUCCAAACAUCACGAUACUGAGCCACCUGCAUCCAGCGAAUGCCUGAGAUUCGCUUGAUGUCGUCAGUCCACCUGGUGGGGGGUCUACCAACACUGCGCUUAGUGUGGGGUCGCCAUUUCAACACCUUGGGACUCCAUCCAUCGGCUCUUCGAUCUAUGUGCCCCGCCCAUUGCCACUUCAGCUAGAUAGAUAAAGAGAUUAUGGGGAUAAAAUAUAGCUCAUGACCCUCACAAAUAACGUGGUUUUCUAGUGGUAAAAGAAUUUUUCAAAUCGAUUUAGUAGGUCCAGACAUUACCCCCUACAUCACUUCAAAGUUUACCCUUACUAUUAGUAUAGAUGACAUAGACAGGCUUUUGACACAGCCGCCAACUUGCGUUUUCUACGAUCAUCAUCAUCAAGGAGCUACGAGUAAUUUCUGCACUCAGCGCAAUUAACCCCUGACGCAAAAACGAGUGUUAUAAGUUUUAUGUUUGUCUACAUGCUCUUGUAACUCUGUAAUGGAUGAACCGAUUUUCAUUCAGUUACUUUUAUUUUAAAGGCACCUUAUCCGGGAGUGUUUUAGGCUGUUUUAUGAAAAAAGAUUCACUUUAAUAGUUAUGGAAGUUGGAAGAGGGGAUGAAUAUACGAUAGUAAGCGAAUAUAUAUGAGUUGAAUAUCAAAUGAAAGGAUUUGAUUUGGUUUGACGGGUAAAGCGGGUAGUAAGCUUACUGUAUUCAGCGAACAUAUCCGAGUGGAAAUCUUAUGAAAUAAUGAUUUUUAUUAUUGAAAUAAAAUAAACUAGUAAAUCUGUGAUUCAAUUCGCAUAUUGCAACAUAAUUUUGUAUAAAUCUGUGAAAUAUGACGGUAGUUGUAGGAAGUAUCGGAAAAAGUCAAGCCGCCUAGGAAGCAGGGCCUCCAUAACAUCGAAGACGUUGCCUAAUCCUUUCGAGAUUAACAAAACAAUAUAUGAUGGGAUAUUUCUCAUUUAUAGUUCUACAAAUAAAGUUCGUAAUAAAUCUAUUUAUUAAGGAUAGCUUACUAUACCAAUUCUGUCUUCUAAAUUGAUUGAGCUUAUGGAUGAAGUCGCGGGCGUCCGCUAUUUAAGAAUACAAUUGAGUGUGACACUUUGUAUUCUGUGGUGUGACAUUUUAAAGAGGAAUACGUGAUAGAGUGCGCGCACGAUAAGUUUGCGCGUGGCCAAAAUCAGAACUAAUCAAGUUCCGCCAUCUUGUUGUCUAUCUCUAGACGGGGAAAAGAGACCACUGAAGAUGGCAACAUAAAGUACGCCGCCAAUCGCAAGCAGACUUACCUUGCACGCACUCUACCAGUCACAUACUCGCACACAGCUGUAUCUCUAUGUAUUAGUGUAUUAGUGUAUUAUUGAGUAAUCGAAUUGGCAUUCUGUAAAAUGACAUGAUACAAUGAGAUCGAAUCAAUUUCAUUUUUUUUUAUUUGUAAUUUUGCACCAUUUUGUUUAUACACUGGAAGUUACCGUAAUUAUGUAUUACCUUUUGUAUAUGUAACUUAGUUGUUAGUCUUAGGAUUAAAUAUUGCCUUAAUUAGGUACCUAUGUGAAUGAAAAUCAAAGACGCCAUUUUAUCAGAGACGUGUCUAUCUAAAAUAUUGCUAUGUUUAAGUAUUUAUUUAUAUAGGUACAGCCAAAAGAAACUUAAAAUAAGUGCCUUGUUAUGAUUUAAGUUAAAAAAAAUAUCUAGAUAAUAUUAUAAUAGAUUAUAGUGACCACUACCUAUGAAGUUCAUAAAUAAUAUUGUCUUAUUAUAUAUAUAUGUUGUAAUUUUGUAUCUACACAGUAAAUAUACAAAUAAGCUUAAAACUGAUUUCAAAUAGAUUUUAUUUUCAGCUAUAUGCAUAUUUUAAAUAGCACAAAAGACAUUAUAUUUUGCCACCACGCAUUAUAUGAGAAUGCAAUGAAGAAAUCGUAUAUUAUUAACAUGUAUUUAUCGUCCUAAUUCAUUCAAGUAAUGUAGUUUCAUUUAAAAAAUCUGUUUAACUUUUUUUUAUUUUAGUUGUAGUAAUUUAUCUCUCAUUUAUUUACACAUUUUCUUUUUAUUUUAAUAAUUUAGUUAUCAUAAAUACUAUACUAAAUUCACUUGAUUUAGAUAAACGUCUACCAACUAUCUUUGUAGAAAUAUGAUACGAAGUAUUAAGUAUAGUUAUUUAUAGUCGAUUUUCUUUAUCUUACAAGAAUAUUUCUAUACAGUCUAAGUAUUAAAUAAUUAUUACCGAGACGAGUGUCUACCAGUCAAUAUCAAGUAAGUGCCAAAAUGUAACCAAAUAGAAAUGUUGUAGAUACAAUUUAAUAUUUCUUUAAAUAAAAUAAAGUGUAAA